CCCAUGACGUAGUCUCGACACAGACGUACUCGUAGACAGUCAGAAUGUCGGGAGCAUCGAUUUCCUACCCCCACCAGCACGGGUUCUCCUCGGCAAGUACGGAGCUGAAGUGCGAAGCUCAGUCGAGGACCGAUCCGCGGUCAGUAAACAUCGCCAUGGCGACGUGUUAUCCAGCGUAUGAGUUGACUCCUCCUCAGAGGACGGUGCAAGUGCCUGUGCAGAAGGACUAUUCGAGACCGCUGCACGUCGACUGCAGCGUCGAGUACGAGCUGCCGAAUACGGCGAAGCCCCCGCAGGGCGUUCGCAACGAGCCGCUGCUGAUGAUCCACCCCUGCUACUUCCGUAAGAUCGAGAGUCAGAGGAGAAGCCCCUUCGUCAACAAUCUCCCUUCGCGACAGCCCCAGCCCGCCGUUGCCGCCAAGCGACGGGUCCGUGCCCAGCCCGCACAGCCCCAGCAGGCCGCCCAGUACCCGGUGCAGUACGCCGACCGCCAGCAGCUCUGGGACCAAAUGCCCAAUCUGGUGCCCAUCUCGCAAGCCUAUUGCAAGCGCGACCAGCUGGCGACGGCAUGCGCCGCCUACACCGGCUCCGGAGACUCCGGCCACUGGACGGACCCGGACCGCAGCCCGGACCGGCCCGAGGACAAGCACAUCCUCUCCGGCAAGUACCGACAGUACUUGAGGGCUCACAGACUGCACCCCUAUGUGACUUCUGCCAUACCGCUGGCCUCUACCUUCCCGCAGAUCCAGCAGGUGUGCUACAACGUGUGAUCGCUGUGAUAUGAAUUCGAUGCCGAUUUCGACGACUUUUGUACGGAUCCUCUCGUUGCAUCUAUGGUGUCCGUAACCCUUCUUGUGAUAAUAGUGUGUAAUUCUGUGACGGAGAUGAAAGAGCGCAAGCGUCGUGCUCCGGGCGUGGUAGUGAUUCCUCCACAUCAGCUGUGUUUGUGCAACUGCGACCUAACCGCCGUCUAUUUGGAUUUCUCGUUCUCUUUUGGAUUAUCCUGUCUCGCCGCCAAUUGCGUUACUGUUGCUAAGGAUGCCCACCCGUUUGCGACUCGAUCCUUCCGAACACCGAAACCCAAUACCGCGAAUUUCUAGCAAAAACGACGACUUGCUGUGGAACCGGCGAAACUUACUCUAAAUCUUCUCCAUCAGCUGAUUUCUACCACAGUGUCAAAAGCUGCCAACAAAGUUUACUCUUCUAAACAAUUCUUGUGCACCAAUAACGUUAGUAAAUUCAAGAGAAUCCGUUAGUUAACUUUUCUUUCAAUUAGGUGUAACAUGCCUUGUUAUAGUCAUUAAAAGCUUUUCACUACUGUACGUAAUUAGAGAGGUUUAGAGCAGCGUCGAACUAAUCCAUGUUUGGUCGUUUCUGUAUUAGAAAACCUCAAUGCCAUAUUUAAAAAAUCCUAAUUUAGUUUAUAAGGUAAUUUUUAUUCUGUACAUAUUCGUGUUGCUGUUUUGAAAAGUUGUAAAUUUCGUGUCCCAAUUCAGUGAUUAUUUAUGGAACAAUAAAUGCAAUAGCAUCACGCAUCUUCCGAAUUUAUAGCUGACAUUGCAAUUUAUAAAAUUAUGGUUGGCUCGUCCUUUAAAAAUCUUGUGUAAUUUGAUAGCACUCACAGUGUUAAAUUAAAGAAAAAGAAAAAAAUCAAUAGAUCAGACUGUGUAGUAAAUUGAGCCAAACAGGAAAAAGUAAAUAGACAGAUAAUGCAAUAGAACUGACAUCGUAGGUCCGCUUUUCAGCGGAUUUAUAUUAAUAUCGCUGUUAUCACAUGAAAUAUUUACGUUUUAUGUUGAUUACUUUAGAUAGGAAGUUAAAUAUUAUUUCCUGUGCAUACAGCUGUUACAUGUAAAAUUAGACAAGUCUAGCGUAACCUUGUGUCUUUCACUAGAUUUAGGGUUAGUGUUUGUAAUAUACACCAAAAAAUUCUCCACGGCAGAAUAUUUACGGGUUUUAAUCGGUGUUAUAGCAUAUAGACAAUACUUUUUCUAAGGAUUAUUUUGUAUAAAGGCUUGAAAUUUUGGACGACGUCGCAAACGCUUGGGUUCCACCUUUCGUAACAAUUUUCGAUGACCCUAACGUUGUUUGUUGUUAAAUCAUCAAAAAUGAAAUUAAUUAUUCAAAAGCUUCCGUCGGAUGGAAGCACGCAGUCAUGGAAGAUUGUUUAGUGAUUUUGGGAGUAUUGCCCUCUGUAAAUUGACUGAUUUUUUUUGUAAUUAGUUCAAGGGAAGUGUAGAUAAUUUUGUUACCGGAUUGUACAUUUGUAUCUUUUAAGUUUUGUAAUAGUAGCAUUCCGUUGGUUUCCAUGAACAAAAACGUUACAAUGCCAAUUUAGGGUCGCAAAUUGAUGCCAUAUUGAAAAAGUGCCGAGAGCAUUUCAUGUAAUCGUUCGUUGGACGAUUCCAGGGAUCGUUUUUGGAUCCGUGGAAGGGUUCAACCGUUUUCGUAUUUAUCACAGUAUACCAAAUAACCUAAUUAACUUAUGUAUGUACAAAAUCAGGUGGCAGGACUCGCCGGCUUAAAAAUUUCAGGGUACAAUCCUCGGAAAAGAACUGAAAAACUAUUUUGAAUAUUUUUGACUCGUAGAUUUUAUUUUUGUAGCUCGAACUCGUAUCAAAUCGUUCGACUAGAUUUAUUUCGGGGGAUCUUUUGGGCCGGCUUGUUCUCCCGCAACCAAUAGUAUGAAGAUCUGAUUAAAAACUUAUUCGUUCUAUGGCUACUACUAGACCAAAGAAAUAUCUAUCAACUGUAUAUAUAAAAGUGAAAAAAACGAUCGGUUUCAGACUUGUAUUGCUGCGACCGGUUUGAAAAAAAUUGUGAAUAUGUAUAAAAUAUUGCUAUAUAUAUUGUACAGCUAGUCAUAGUGAAAAUACGCUUAUAAAAUAUGAAUAAAACGUGUUACUGUUUUUAUAGAAUGAA